GAGCUCCAUAAUUCAAUUGAAGUUAACUUCCUCGACCGAUUACGAUAGUCUUCAGGUUUCUUCUUAACCUCAACACUUUGACUUUCUUCUCUUCCUAGUUCUGUCUUUACUUAAGCACAAACUUCAUUCCAACGAAAGGGUGUAUCAAAAGCAUGUGGAAAUAAAGAGUAACUAAACUGACUUUCAUUUACUUAAAUCAAACUGGAUAUUUAAUUUACUAAUUGAGUUAAGUUAAUUAAAUUUUGUUAGCAUUACAAAGAAAAUUAACUAAUAAAUAAAUCGAUAGACGGCACCACAUCAAGAGAUCAGAUGUUUGUGCAUCAAAUUACUGUAAAUAAAGCAAAACAAUGUCUGGUGUAAAGAAAAUUGUUUAGGCUACUUUUUCAUAAUUAAAUAUCAAAAAACCUUGUGUUCAUCUUUAAUUAGUUCAAUCUUGAUUCUUGUUAUACUCAUAUUGAUUCGUCAACGUUCUAGUGAUUAUCUUUGAAAUUGUUUCUCUUUUCAUGUCAAUUGAUUAUUGGAUCGAAAAAAGUUUAAUACUGUAUCGAUCAAUAAUUUUUGUUUUCCAUUUGCGAAAUCAUGUCUGACUUAACUAAAGAAGAAAUAUCUCGUUAUAGUCGCCAAUUAUUACUUCCUGAAAUUGGAAAGGAAGGCCAGGUUAAACUUAAAUCAGCGUCCGUUUUAAUUGUUGGCUGUGGUGGUCUUGGUUGUCCUUGUGCCGUUCAUCUUGCUGCUUCUGGUAUUGGUAAAAUUGGUUUAGUUGAUCAUGACAAAGUUGAACUUUCUAACCUUCAUCGACAAUUUCUUCACACUGAAUCAAGAGUGGGAACAUCUAAAGCUAAUUCUAUCAAGGAAUCUUUGAAUCAAUUGAACUCAGAUGUUGAUUAUGUUGUUUAUGACACAAAAUUUAAUAAGACAAAUGCUGUUGACAUUAUCAAAGAGUAUGAUGUUAUUGUUGAUGCGACUGAUAAUGCACCAACUAGGUACCUGAUAAAUGAUGCCUCUGUUGUAUCUGGAAAACCAUUAGUUUCUGGAGCUGCUUUACGGUUCGAAGGACAGUUAACUAUUUACCAUUACAAUAAAGAAACACCAUGUUAUCGUUGUCUUUUCCCUAAGCCACCUGUACCUGGGACAGUUACCAAUUGUAGUGACGGAGGUGUUCUUGGAGUUAUCCCUGGAAUCAUAGGUUCUCUACAAGCCUUGGAAGUAAUCAAAAUUAUUACUGGAUUGGAACCCUCUUAUGCAGGAAAAAUGCUUCUUUUUGAUGGUUUAGCAGGAUCUUUCAGAACUGUAACAAUUAGAGGAAGAUCUAAGGAUUGUGCAGUUUGUGGUGACUCGCCCUCAAUCGGGCACCAAUUGGUUGACUACGAAGCUUUUUGUGGUACACCUAUGUGUGAAGAAAAUAAAAGUUUGAAAAUUCUUGCUCCUGAAGAAAGAUUGACGUGUUCUGAAUACAAGGAAUCAGUCGUUGACAAAGAUGUUCCUCAUUUAUUGAUUGAUGUUCGCCCAGCAGUUCAAGCAUCCGUCUUCAAAUUGAAUCAUGCUUACAACAUUCCACUUUCUAAGAUUACAAAUAAUGAUGGAAUGAAUAAUCUUAAGGAAAUGAUUGAAGAUAAGAAGGUUAAUAAAGUGUAUUUUAUUUGUCGAAGGGGUAAUGCCUCUCAAAAAGCAUGUCGAUUCACAAAGGAAAAUUUAACUGACAUCGAUAACAUUGAAUUCAAAGAUAUAAUUGGUGGUAUGACAUCUUGGGCCAAAGAAAUCGACACCGAAACUCCUAUUUUCUGAUCUCGUUAACCACAAACAUCACGAACAUUCAAUUGUAUAAUGUUGUCAGAAAAUGCUGUUCUUUGUAAACUAGUCUUUACGAUGUACAGACAGACCUGAAGUGGCAUUUCCGAUGAGUAUCAUGUCCAAGAUACUUAUAAUAAAGGCUAUCUUAUAUUCAAA